CGGUCCUGCUCAUCAAACGCUUCUAAUAUCAUCUGACGAUAUGGCGCUUAUACAAAAUAACAGCCGUCAGAAAAAUGGAAGGUAUUGCCUCACUUCGUCAAUUAUUAUAUCUAGCCGCCACCGCGCCCACCUGCACAUUGUGUUAUUUUAAGCCAGACGUUACCUGGAUAGGAUAAGCCGUCACGUAUCCACUGAGUUCGUAUUCGUUUUGGAUGCCUGCGAUACGGCGGGGGUCUGCAGCAUGGGCGCCUACUUCGUCUUUCUCCUCCUCACAGACGACGACAUGGCCGGCCACUUUCAUCCCCAGCAAAAUCUCUAUGACGAUGUCAUUCAUGAUACUUGCUUUGAGCCGGGCGGGACUCUUCGUUCGAUUCCCUCGAAUGCAAUCGUUGUUCGCGAUCAGGUCAGCUUCUAUCAGGACCACUACGAAGCGUCAGGAACUGGCAGAACCAUGUUUCAACUCCUCAGAAAUAACCAUGAAGUUAUUAUCUGGGGACCUCCUCUCAAAGAGCGUGAGGGCCUCUUGAAGGAGCUAGAAUUGAUUGAAUCACUUCUCAAUUCUAUCGAUUUUGACGAUAUCCGCCAAGCAACGUUGUAUAUUGCAUGGGACGCCCAUGCUCGCCUUAUUCCUCAGGAGCAAAGACUCCUUCAAAUUCCAUAUUUGGCCGGAUAUCCUUGCAUCGAAGAAAGCCAGCUCCAAGUGACCGAAUGGUUUCAGGUCGGCUGGAAGCGUGCAUUGUUGAACGGGGUCAGGCCAGUCGAAGUAGAAUACGCUUACAACCUCACAUCGUCAUUGGCCUUGCAAUGUAUGAUAGACGCGUGUCGAGACCUAGAACCGCUGGAUUUGACUACUCCAGUUUUGGCAUGUCUGGCUCGUGAUGGCCGUAUGAUUGGAGUAGUCAAAUGUGUAGAAGAUGGAGCACGAAUGGUAUCGUAUGAAGACCGCACCUUAAUUUACAGCGCUUUUCGAAAAAUGCAGAAGCGUCACAUCUACCUUCUUGAAGGUCACGACAUGGAUCCGUCUGCUGUUUUAAUAGUCGACGAUAAGGUCAGGUUCGUCGACAUGGCUCUCAAAAGAUGGUUCAGCCCGAACGUUUUCAUCUAUGACCGGACCAUACACGAUAAACAACAGCUGAAACAAGCGCAGCGGUCGCACUGGAGGCAGGCUGAAUUACUUUUCGAGCGCAUCAACGCGAGACCUGCCACUAGCAUCCGAUAUCGACCAUGCGAAUACCGCCUCAUCAACGUCAUUUCUGCACCAGAAAUGCCUUUGAUCGCAUUCUCGGCGAGUCCUUCGGUUGUAUCAAAAAGGCGGGAAAAGCGCAGGAAGAGAUCUAGCGAACCAUCAUUGGACGCCGCAUAUGACGAAGAAUAUUUGCCCGGACGAGACAAGACUAUCUGGACACGACGGUGUAAGAUUGUGCUGAACCAGUGCAACCCCUUCCUCAGGUACUACCCAUGUCCUCGUAUGAUCAUCAACUCAGAGUCGGCCCUUUCUCCUAGAUCCCUAUACCCAGUUCCCAGUAUGCCUCACGAUACUUCUUCUCCUAGGAUGCCCCAUGGCAGCAUACCCGAACAUCGUUCAGGCCCGUCCUUCUGCGAGGAGGAAAAUAUUAUAGAAUCCAGUUGGCUCGAAGAAUUUGAGUUCUGAUUACUCGUGUCUUCAUAAGCAUUUACUCCCUUUCAAGAUUUCAGACUUGUGCCUUAUGAU